AUGUGGGAGCUGCAGCAGGCGCCGUCUCCGGCGGAUGACCAGGAGAGUGGAUUCGACGGUGGCGCUGAAAUUGAACCCGGCGGAGGAUUCGUCGGUGGCGCUGCACCUGAGCCUAAUGGCGGUUUAGAAGGCGGCGCUGCAGUUGAAACUGACGGCGGAUUCGACGGCGGCUCCGGAAUUGGAGUCACUGGGGGAUUGGAUGGUGGUGUUGAGAUUGAAGACGAAGGCGGAUUCGCGGGUGGCGAUGAAACCGAAGCUGGCGGGGGAGUUGGUGGCGGAUGUGCGACCGGAGGAGGAGAACGUCGUGGCACAGGGGAUGCUGAUGGCUCCGGAGAUGCCUUCGGCGGUAGUGCUGCAUUGCAUGGACAGGUGUCAGGUUUCUGCUAUCCAUGA